AUAUUCUCAAAAACUAAUAGCAAGAUAUCCUCAAGCAAAACUCAUUCAUGUGACUACUACCAUUAAGACUACUUCACCAGGAGUCUCAGUUUUUAAAACUCCUCGAAAAUCAUUGUCGACUUCUACAUUAACCAAUACAAAAAAAAUAGCUGAUCAUCUAAUAGCUCCGGCAACAACCCAAACUAAGUUGCCUAGUCCUUCAGAUACUUCAAGUCCAGUGCCUACUAAUGAUAAUACAUCCUAUGGUUCACCUAUUUCGGAUGAGAGUUUCAAUAAGCAAAAUGAUAGUUCUUCAACUAAAUAUAUAAUAAUUGGGAUUUCAGCAGCUAUUGGAAUUAUUUUAUUUGUUUCAAUGGUGUUUAUAUUUAAAAAAUUAUGCGCAAACCGACGACUUAAACGCCAAAAUGUUCAUGCUCACGAUGGAAAUUCAAGAGGUUUGGAUCCUGAAUUUAGAAAUGAAAAUUCUUUUAGAAUAAAUAGAAUAGAAAAUACGAGUCUUUCAUCACAACAAGGGACUAAUUACGUAAAUGACUCAGUUCAAAGUUAUAAUGCUCCAAAUGGAAAUGAAAGGUUUGAUUCAUCAUAUCAUGUGUUGUAUCCAGCAAAAAGUCAUUAUAAAGGUCCCUACCCAGUAAGAAGUGAUUAUUCAGAUCGUUCUGGUUGUUCCUCUCCAGUAGAUAGUAAUUAUUGUGGUCAUGCUGGAGGUUACGGUCAAGGUUAUCAUUUCCAACAUUAUAAUGCACAAUUAGUUCCACCAAAUCAAUAUUAUAAUCCAGAUCCGAAUUUCGUUGCCACCAAUUUUGUACCACCUGGCAGUAUAGAUCGUAGGAUGAUUAGAGAAAAUAUACUGGAAAUUGCAAAUGACGAAGAUGACACACAUGAAAGUUUAGGAAAUCAUAGUGUGACUGAAAAUAAUACUUUAUUUAUACCUAGCGGAAGGGAAAGUGUACAUGAAUCAUUACGAUUAUCACUUAUAAGUGAAAAUUCUAGAGCUUCGACUCCGGAAGAUGACAGAAGUCAAACAAAUCAAAAGGCUGUAUAUUUUUAA